GUCGCCAAGCCCGACACCGGGGGACCGACCCACAGCUCUCACCACGCCGGCCAGACGGGAGGACGAAAGGCGCGGAGGGCUGGAAAGGAAAGCGAGGAGAAUAAAGUAAACCAUUAUCUGCCAGCAAAGGUCCAUUCUAGGUGGCAGGAGCCAUGCAAUUCUCCAGCUCAUCCAGGGCAGCAGAUGAGAAUUUUGAUUAUUUGUUCAAGAUUAUCCUCAUUGGGGAUUCCAAUGUGGGGAAGACGUGUGUGGUGCAGCAUUUCAAAUCUGGCGUCUACACAGAGGCACAGCAGAACACGAUUGGGGUGGACUUCACUGUGCGCUCCCUUGAUAUCGAUGGCAAGAAAGUGAAGAUGCAAGUGUGGGACACGGCAGGCCAGGAGCGUUUCCGGACCAUCACUCAGAGCUACUACCGCAGUGCCCACGCCGCCAUCAUCGCCUACGACCUCACCCGACGGUCCACCUUCGAGUCUGUUCCUCACUGGAUCCACGAGAUAGAAAAAUACGGAGCGGCGAACUUGGUCAUCAUGCUGAUUGGAAACAAAUGCGACCUGUGGGAAAAACGGCAUGUCCUGUUUGAGGAUGCCUGCACCCUGGCCGAGAAGUACGGCCUCCUUGCUGUUUUAGAAACAUCUGCCAAGGAGUCUAAGAACAUAGACGAGGUCUUCAUGCUGAUGGCCAGGGAGCUGAUCGCCCGCAACAGCCUGCACUUAUUUGGGGAGAGCGCCCUGAACAGCCUGGCCCCGGAUUCUAGGCCGGUCCUUGUGGCCCAGGGUCCGAGGGAGAAGACCCAAUGCACGUGCUGAGAUGCUCAAGGCCAGUUGCGGCCACCGGAUGCCGUGUCUGACGCUGAAGGUCUUUAGUUGGGGGAGCAAAGCCUUUGACAUCAAGACCAUAAAUACUGUCUUGCCGAAUGGUCAAGAGCCAUGUGAUGGAGACAGAAUUGGAUCUCACUCUAUCCUAGAUGGGCUGAUGUAACCACCCUCCUUGAAUGUGGGAGAUGCCAACAAUGUCCUUCUAAAAUACCAGAUUAUCUGCUGGAUAAAAACUCACUUUGGAAUUGAAAUUCAGUUGGCUUAUAGAUGAAUGUCAAGUCAAUACUGACCUCGCUGUGUGGCCCCCAUGCGUGCCCUGUACCCGCCAGAACCUUUGGAUAAUAAACGUUUUUUCCAAGUUC